UGUCAAUAAGCAUUAAACUAGUUAAUAUAAAAUGAGUUACCUUACCACCUUCACUGCCUCUAAAGUUUGACAUUUUUAUAUCAGCUAGAUAGCGUCAAACUUUAAACGUUAAUCUAGCCAAAACUGGGCCUCAGAUUAGCCAACGUUUAACGCUAGCUCACAUAGCUAACUGAUGUCAAAAUGUCAAACUUUAGAGCCAGUGAAAAUGGAACACAGGAGAAGCCUGAGUUUUCAUUAACCAAGGCAGUGGAGGAUGUCAGUAAACACGGCUACGCCCAGACUGAGGGUCUGAACGAGAAACAGAAGACACUCAGCUCCCUGCAGGCAACUCUUUCAGAUGUUGAGAAGAAAGUUGACUUGGCAGAGCGGGUGCUGAGAUCUAAAAUGAGGGAAAUCCUAAUGCUGGAGGGCGAGAUGGAGCACCUGGAGCGGCAGACAAAUGUCCUGUGUGAUCGCUGUGCAUCCAUCAUCAAGGAGAACACAGACCUCCAGAUUGGUAUAAGCGAUGAGGAGGAGAAAGCUCGCGUGGCACUGGCAGGGUUCAACACUUACCGAAACAAGAUGGAGGGUCACAGAGCAGCUGUUUUGCAUGCGGCGAGCCAGACAGAGGCCCAUAAAGAGCUGGAGGAGAAGAGAGCACUGGUCAGGAUGCUGACACAGAAGAAAAAGGAGAUGAAGAAAGAUUUGGAGAAUCCAAAUGGAAACACAGUGCAGAUGGCAAAGAGAGAGAUUGAUGCUCUAAAGGGGGAGAUCUCUGUGAUGAGGAAGACUACAGCUGAGAGGAGAGAGCAAUUGCGAAAAGAGUUUGAGAUUCAUACCCAGAAAAAGAAAGACAUAGAGAUCCAGAACAGGCGCUUUGAAGCCAUCGUCAAGCGCCUCCACUGCCAGCUGAGCAGGGCCCAGGCUGUCCACAGGCAAAUGUCUGAAGAUAUCUACCACAUGGAGAGACAGCUAGCCGAGCUCAAGAAGCAGCUGGAGUCAUCACAGAACUCAGCGGUUUGGGGUCAGUGUGCGCAUGUCCACUUGAAACAAAAGGCUCAAAACUAGUUGACGGAUGUGGAGACAGUUUACUCUCAGCCAAUCGCUGAUGGCGCAACAGACUCAGCUCGGCCAAUGGUGAGAGACCAUGACGUCAUGACAUCACAGAUGGGAUGCUUUCAUUCAUUAUUUACCCACGUCCAUCCAAAGCGUGUGUAUGUGGCACAUGCAAAGGGCUGACCCAUAUAUUACCUAACCACUAUGUUAAAGCUUAAUGAAGCCUAUAUUCAUACUACACUUAGGAGACUUAGAAACAACAAAUAUGCUAUAAGAGACCUCAAGAUAAAGUCACUUUAAUGCCAAAUUAAAAGCUUCCUUAUUGGCCAGGCUACCGUGUUGAUGUUCUACCAAGCUAUUAGACUUUAUUUGUUAGGUAAUGAGCUACUGACCUUGCCAAACUGUGGAUAAAACAAUUAACAGGCAGAGCUCAUUUUAACUCUCCCUUGAGCCUUUAACAACACACCGGUCCACAUGGACAGCAUCUUCACCCAUCACAAAAUGCUUUCUACUCCAGACAACCACAACCAUAUCAACUUUAUUUAUUCCAAUGACUUCACCCUCCACCUUCUUAAAAACAGGGAAGAUUUUGAGCAGACCUGAAUAGAAAAGAAAAGGGUGGUGGUGUACAUCUUCACCACACCCUGUGAAGCUUACAUAAAGGGCGGUGUGGCAGCAGCUGAUGUGGAGGAAUAAAAAGAACAGCUGGUGCUUGCAUUGCCCACAUAGUUAAAAAUAUAAAGUUUCAUUGCAAAACAAGGAGCGAACUAUAUUUUUGAAAAGUGACACUUAUCUUUCAAUCCAGAUCCUGGUAGCUUUAGGCUCUUAGCUUGAGAAGAAGGUUGAAGAAAUGCUAAAUUCUGUAUUGUUUGUACUUUUCUGUAUAUUACUGAACAGUAAAACCUCAGGCUAUAUUUUUUUUUAUCUUUGAGAUAGGACCCAUUAAAAACAAUAACAAAAAAAUCUGGGGCAGCUAAACUGAGGGGGCUUGCAUGUAAAUUCUGACGAGUGUAUAAGACUAUAUCUAUAAUAUAGAAACAUUUUUUUAAAUCCACACAAUACAAACAUCAAGAAGAGGUGAGAGUAAAAGAAAGAGGCAUGUCACAACAAGCAGAGGAGAAGAUAUCUUUAAGCUCCAGCGGCUAGAUGUUUCAGAAAAAUGUAAAAUCAAUAGUGCUAACAGCCACCUAAAUGCCUUCUGGUGUAUUUGCUGUACAUACACUAGAAGGAAUCUCCCCUUUUACCACAGGUCUCCUUUUAUCCACGUUCUCUCUCACAAAAGCAUCCAGCUGAGUGUAAGUAACGCUUCCGCCUCACUUUAUUGUGCGGUUUGAGUGAAAGCUCAAUUGGGGAGCCAUCACUCAGGCUGCAGUGUGUGGUCCUGAAAAGGAUCCGAAUCUGGCUUUGCCAACUGUAAGUUACAUGAAAAUAUAUGCAAGGGUUUGAUAACAAAGCACAUCACAGAGCAAUUAGGGGAAGUGAAUGGGAACACGACAGUACAACAUAAAAUCUCCACAAAAACCACAACACAACUGUACUAAUAUUGGGUUCACUUUUUACACCCCUCCUCAAAUUUGUUUCCAUCUCUCUCCUUUCAUCCCUUGUUUUUCAUCAGUUUGCAUGCUGCUCUCUGAUUCGCCCGCCUUCUUCCGCAUCACUUGUCCUGAAGCAGUUGGGAGACAUGAACUUAUGUGUGUGUCUGUGCGGGUCCGUGCAUCCACGUUUGUGUGUUCUUGUAUCAGCCAGUGUGUGUGUGUGUGUGAGGCUAUGUUUGCAAACUGGCAGAAUCCGGUUUCGGAGGCUUUGAGCACAUGCAUUUACACGGAGGAGAACCAAGGCCGACAGCAAGAUCAAGCCCGCUGCACACAAACAAACAGAUUUUAUCGUUCAAAUUUAGAAGGAAAAAAAGGACAAGAAAGGAAAGAAUUUAUGAACAAGAUUUGUUGAAAAGAAAAAGAAAAUGUCGAUCAAAUUUGGACCGGCAAUCAAGGUAGCAAUCAAAAACAACCUACUUGCUGGCAAUCUGCCUAUAUCUUUGCCCAAAAACAAACAAAACAAAGAGCAGGAACGCCCCAAAACUCAAACAGCUCUCAUGGCAUCACAGAGUUUCAGGGCAGCAGCUCGUUGGAGCAUAAGUAAAUUGGUCUCUGCCAUGCACGCAAAGCCUUACAUAACCAGCCUCUGUGCCAUAUGGGCCACGAAAGAGACAGAGAGACAGGGAAGGAAGGAGACUGAGCUCCAACAUCCAUACUGGUUCAGUGACACUGCAGACAUGCCUUGCACUUCUGAUGCAUGAGGUAUUCAGCACCCUCACACAUUCAAAAUCAAUACAGAUAUCUCAUCCCCUCCUGCUUCAGUUUCUGUCUAUAUACCCCACAAACUGAAAAAUGGCUUUUCAUACGUAUAUUCGUAGUUGUAAAAGCUUUGAAUGCGCACGCAAACAAUUUCUGGCUCUAUGUGACAAAUUUCACACACAAAAUUGUGAUUCAACAGCCCUGUACUCUCUCUAAUCCAUGUGUUAAAAUAAACAUUAUACGAUCAAAUAUCACACAACCUUACGACACACUGACAUUAAAACAUCACAGGAAGUUGUGUUAAACGCUCGGUCACAUGGACCCGCUCACUGUCAGUGCAUUAAUAGUGAGGAUCUUCUCAGCAGCGGUGGAGAAACUUUGCUCGAGGCUCUCUGCAGUGUGCAGGCUUCAUGCGGUGAUGUGAAUGUGUAGGAAGGGUUGAGGCUCUGACACAAAAACUGGCUUUACACAGAAUUAUCAUUAUUUCUCUUUACCAUGAAGACUGCUCUUUACCAGGAAGUGUCACUGACUUUUCAUCGACAGGUAGUGAAGUGGUCAUGUUACUGUGGGUGAGUUUGAAAUUUUCCCUCAAAAGUUAUCCAAAAACAGACGAAAGAAACUGGAAAGGAGAGGCCUUCUAUGAGGGAUAAAAUAAAUAUUUUAAACAGCUGGUGUACAAUUAUGAUUAUGAAUUUUUUUUCCCAGGUUCAACAAGCAUCUAACUGCUGAAGUGUCCUUGAGCAAGACACAAAAACAGACACAAAAAGACAUUCAACAAAACAUCACAUUACACUAAUUUCCAUCUAGUCUACCAGGCCCAAGCGUGAUACACAUCUGGAGACAACAUGCUCCACCAGAUACUUCCAAGUCUAUUUUGAUUUUUUCCACUUAAAAUCGAAAUUAUUGUUACCACCAGCUUUCACCCGUUUCAAACUACAGCAGUAGGGUUCAACGUAUGUUUAUUUAAAGACAAAAACCCCACAGACAUUAGUUAACUUAAACAAGAAAAUGGCUUGAUGAAAACAAAGUAUUCCGGUCUCUCACGUCAUUUCGUUCAUAGUAAACAUUUAAAAAGCAGAAAUUUCAGUAUCAUAAAGAACAAUUCGCUACAAUGUCUGUAUUUUAAAUGCACAAAUGGUGCUGGCAAAAAUAAACUGUGUUAUUAGGAAAUUUGAAGUGGCAGUGGAAUCAGGGAGUGUUUUUCUGCUUCCUACACAAGCACUAUAUGUUGAUCAUAUGAAGUGAGAAUAACUUUAAUUCAUUCAGUAGUAGGUUACAGUUGCUCUUCCAUGAGUUUAUUCUCAUCUUGCAGUAAGCUCAGCUGGAAACUUUUAGCUGUUUUGGGACCCAAGGUUCAAUUAUAGGAUCUGAAAUGUCACAUUUCUCUCCUGUUACGUGCAAGUGUACUGGCUUUUCCUGGAAAUGACAGGAAAAUAACAGUACAGGUGUCAGAACAGUUAUCGUGGCACAACCAGUUAAAACCAGAAAUGUUACCGCUCCUCCUCUUUGCUCAUGUUUUUCCCCUCAGUGUAAAAGCCUGAAGGGAAAACGCAGUUCUACACCAUUAAAAACAUCUCCCAUGUAAACCUACCAUUUCACACACAUGUACAGUACAUACCAUCCUGACGGGUGAAACCAUAAACACGCUCCUGCUGAGAAAAGCUGACAGACAUGCAUGGACACACAUUACAUCCUUUCUGGCCUGUGACAUUCUUCAAGAAUCUGCAGCUCUGCAUGAAGGCACAAGGUGAGCAAACGUGACACCCGUCUACUUGGCUCUGCACCCCCCCA